AUGAUCAACAGCAGUCAAUCAACCCCAAACUAUUUUCUACUCACUGGUUUCCCUGGUCUAGAGGGCCUGUAUCCCUGGUUCAUCUUCCCAUUCUGUUCCACAUAUCUUGUGGCCCUUGCGGGCAACAGCCUGAUCUUGACAGUGAUCAAGAAAAACACCUCUCUCCACCAGCCAAUGUACUUCUUCCUCGCUAUGCUGGCCUUUGCUGAGCUUGGUGUUUCGGCCUCAACACUGCCCACAGUGCUGAGCAUCUUCCUUUUUGGUGCCAAUGAGAUCUGCUUUGAAGCCUGCCUUCUGCAGAUGUUCUUCAUACAUUCUUUUUCUAUCAUGGAGUCAGGAGUUCUGCUGGCUAUGUCUGUAGACCGCUUUGUGGCCAUCUACAACCCACUGAGGUAUACUAGCAUCUUGACCUUGUCCCGUAUUGCUUGCACUGCUGCUGCCCUUGGACUGAAGAGUGUGAUGCUCAUGUUCCCACUGCCCUUCCUCCUAAAGCGUCUGCCCUUCUGUGGCCACAACACUCUCUCCCAUUCUUAUUGUCUACAUUCAGAUCUGAUCCAGCUGCCUUGUGGGGACACUCGUCCCAACAGCAUUCUGGGGCUCUGCAUCGUCACUUCAACUUUUGGCCUGGACUCAUUGCUCAUUGUGGUCUCUUAUGUGUUGAUCCUCCACACGGUGCUGGGCAUUACCUCUGGGGAAGGACGGCAGAAGGCCCUCAACACGUGUGUGUCACAUAUCUGUGCGGUGCUUGUGUAUUAUGUGCCCAUGAUCAGUGUGGCUCUGGUGCACCGCUUCAUGAAGCAUGCUGCACCUGCUCUCCGUCUACUCCUGGCCAAUGUCUACCUUCUGGUGCCUCCCGUACUCAAUCCUAUCAUCUACAGUGUUAAGACCAAGCAGAUUCGCCAGGGGUUGAUACGACUCUUCCUUCAAAGAAAAUAUUAA